CUUCGCGCCGGGCGGCAGCAUCGGGGUCGACAACAAGCGCUUCGCGUUUGUGCGGUAGGCCGCGGUCUGUCGCCGCUGACGGCAGCCCCUUCGCGGCCAAAGCGGGCACCGUGCGCUUCGAGCACGGCACGCCCGUCGACGAGUUCUACGACCUGCGCGCGAACACGCGGUGCGCCGCCCCGCCGCCGAGCUGACGCCAGCUGCGUCCUCGAGUCCCAAGUGCUGGCAUACAAGAUGGCAGCGGGCAACCUCUGCCCGGCGCGCAUCGUCCUCCUGACAGACGAAGACAAGUGCGUGCUUCUACGCGACGCUAACCCAGCCCGGCGGUGCCGCACCUCCUCGCCAACGUGUUCGACUGCGCGGUCCUCGCCCCCCUCUCGCCAGCGACGGCGACACCCGCCGCGGCGGCAGCGUACGGCGCCGCACUCCUCGCCCAGGGCGGGGACAUGCCGGGCGUCCGCGCGCUCCUGCACGCGCAGUACGCGCACGCGCACGCCGAGCCGCGCACGCCGCCCGCCCUCGCCGUCCCGACGCCGGGAGUCAGCCAGUUCCCCACACACCCGCCGUCGCCUGCGGCGUCCGAGGCGGGCGACGCGCCCGAGUGGCUCCGCCAGCUCGCGCCCGCGCCAGCGGAUAAGUGGGAAUGUGCGAUCUACGCGGCCAUGAUGCCCGAGUAUGCGCGCGUGCGGUGCGUGUGCGUAGGGAUGGGCUGACGGCAGCGCGAUCGUGGACUCGGGCGUUGUGGCUCCUGGGACGUUUUAGUAGAUAGCAGAGUGG